CCUUAUCCAGAAGGGCCCCCAGGCCCACCUGGUCCUCCCGGCCCUAGAGGGCCGCCAGGUGCCAACAUCACGAAGAAGGAAAUGCUUAAGGAGUUUCGGAAUGUCGUCAGAGAUGCUGCUGAGAGAUACAUAGAGCGAAUUAUUGGUGAAAAGUGUCGUGAUGAUAACUUAGAGGAUAAUCUACAGUUGUUGAACGAAACGGGUCCUUACGUACCACCUCUGUUCGAUGUUGAGCAUGCUGCUAUCAUUCCAAAAGUGCCAUCUGCCUUUUUUUGGCAGCUCUCGGAAAAGGUCAAAAUAAAAAGAAAAUCCUUUAUAGAGCUGAAAAACUUUCAUGUGCCAUUUGCAGACGGGGCCUUUCAGAGAGGAGAGGGAGGAAGCGCAAGUGAUGGACAUUUUCAAGCGCCACGUGAUGGACUUUAUUUAUUUUACCUCAGCUUAAUGAUAAAACACAGAGCCUUCAGGCUAUCCAGAACCCCUAGUCCACAAGACAGAAUUAGUGCAUAUGUGUGCAUAGACUCAGCUUGUACAAAAAACAUAGCCCUGUUGACUACCCGAGGUCUCGAUGCAAACAGCGCUGCCUUUACUAUACCUGUGAGUGGUAUCUUGUUCCUAAAGGAAGGACAGUAUGCCUCAGUUUAUCUUGCUAAUAACUCGAGGUUCAAGAUCAAGGUGAUGCCAGGAUCUCAGUUCUCUGGAGUCCUGGCUGGCAUUUAGAACAGUUAUGGCUUUUUUUUGGUAAAAGUGAUUUACAGAUGAUAAUAAUAAUAAUAAACCCAGUUUCAAAGUUAUGGAAAAAAAUAUUUGUUCAGCUGUUUUCUGGUUCCCUAGAUAUUUAUAUAUAGUUCACCCCCCCUAAAGAAGAUUUACAUACAUACAUUAGAUAUUGAGAUUUUAUAUCUCUAGGAUGAGUUUUUAAGCUUUUGUGUUUGGUUUCAUAUGAUGACUACACAAUCUAAUUAAACUAGCAAGAAUAUUUUAUAGGCCUCGUAUAGUUUCAUAAAAUAUUUACUAAAUACAUUUGAUCGUUCUAACUAGUAAACACUACCGGUUCAUAUUCGCAAUAAAAAACAAAAACAAAAAUAACUGCAUGGCAUGACUUGUGACAGCUGUUUGUGACUUGUCACGUUUUGUAGUGUUGCUAGAAUGAGAAUUUUACAAUCUCAUGUAUUUUAUAUGAUGUCAUUAUUAGAGUAACUAUCAUUCCAAACUAGGGGAGACAAAACACACACACACACACCAGAAAGACAUUUCAUAACAACUGCAAUAAAUGUAAAUAUCUCCUUGGCAGCUAGCUAACUAAACACCUGUCAGUCAGUCUUCUGUGCCUGUUUUAUUUCUUAAAUACUCUACAACCAAGCUUACUACAAAAAGUGUAAAACACAGAACAAACACUGUAAAGAACAACAGCCCUUCAACUAGUUGUUGCAACAGGUUCGUUUUCAAACAAUGUUUUUUGUAAGAAAAGUUAAAAAAGUUAACUGUUUAUUUAGGUUUGUAUGAACUAGAAGUUCCAGUAAAUACUGAACAUCACAAAAUUAUGUGUUUCUUGGUUCUGUUGCAGAAGUUCCUGAAGGCAUGAGAAUUAUUUUUAAUGUAUAUAGACUUGUUCAAAAUCUGGAAUAAACUUUCUAAGUAAAAUCUGGUCAUUCCCAUGGUCUGUGACUACACAGGUUAAAAGCUUUGAAGUUGAAUAAUUUACAUGGUGAACCUUUCUUGGAGAGUUACAUAACAGAACAUUUAAAUGCAAAGUUCUAUUCUCUAAUUUAUAUUAUAAAAAUGCUAGGCACAAAAUUUUAGCAUUUGGAUGAAAGGAGUCCUUUAGUGUUGAACCAUACUGAUAAAACAGGGAAUGGUUCUAGCAGGAAAAAAAUGGGCUAUUCCAUGACCAGCUAACAAUUGCACACUGGAGGUAGUGUGUAAAGUUAAAAGGAUGGACACUGGAAAUAAUCCAAGAACACACAGUACCUAAAGUAGGAAUAUCCUUUGAAACUGAAAACAAAAUGAUUCCCAUGGAUUUAGGUCCACACAAUCAAUAUUCACAAACUCUGUCAAAGCUGUAUAAUCACUUCUGGCUUGUGACUAAUGGAAGUAUGUCAUCACAUUGAAUUAAAUGUGUGUGUGUGUGUGUGUGUAUUCUUAAAUUACCUGGACUUCUUCAGGAACUUACUGUUCUGUUAGUGAGUGAUACAUUUCAAGAAUGGUAGACAUGUACAGAUUUAUAGUGAUUCCAUAUUUACAGCUAUAAUAAUAAGAUAAUAAUUGAGAAAAAUUGUGUACCUUUUAAAGUGGAACUCUGGUUGUAAGAUGGUGAGUUAGUCUAUUGUUACCAAUUAGUCACACAAGUUACACGAAGUAUAAGGUAAAGAAUUAAACUUGUUUAGAUAGACGAUACUUUUAUAAUCAAAUUCAUGGGUGAAGACAAACCAUUUUUACUGGAAGUUAUUACACUUAAGAAUAAUACUUUCUUAAUAUAUCAAACUUGAAACAGAAAAGUCACGUAGCUUUGAAAAUAUCCAUGUUAAAACUUUAUACUCAAGUCCCAAUUUUCUCCCUUCCCUAUAUAAUUUUGACUAGUGCUGACCAAUACUAUGCAGUAUUUAAGUGUACUUUUGAAAUACCUAUGAUAAAGUCACAUGGUCUUUGUUGUGAAAUUUUCUUCAUUUCUGAACACAUGGAAUAUCACUAAAGAAUAAUUUAAGAAAGAAAACUGGUGAAGUUUUUACAGCAAUAUCUAUAUUUAA